AAGGAUAAAAGAAGACACAUCAAAUCGUAGGAUAGCGGGCUUAGACACCAGAUCAAUGCGUGGGGUUACCCAGUGCUUGGAGUCGGUCCCAGUUCUGUAUAAACUGCGGUUGAUCUGCAAUGAGCUACUCUGUCUCUUCCUUGUUAUCGUCUGAACAUAGUCGCCUUGAAACGCUCUCUCUCUCUCUCCUCCAAUCUCCGCUGCCCAAGCGAGAACACAGAGAAGAAGCGGCAAGCAAGCGGAGACCCUGAAGAUGGCGGCGCCGGCGAGGACAAUGAAGGACGUGUCGCCCCACGAGUUCGUCAAGGCGUACGCCGCUCACCUCAAGCGGUCCGGCAAGUAAAGGGUUGGUGUCUCUGGUCUUUUGCUGGAAGCAUCGGGGUUGGAAUAAAAAAAGAGUCCCAGAAAAAGAAGAGACGGUCACGGCCAAAUAUAAAAGAAUAGAGAAGCGAGACCGAAAAAGAAAGAAAACAUUGAUAGAAAGGGGGCAGAGGAGAAACCGGGAUAGAGAGACGAAAAAAAAAAGUUCGUGGAAGUGACCUUGUCCGCUAAAUUUUUUGAUAGUUUUGAUUGGAUCGUGUUCAAAAUGUCCUCGGGAAAGCACGUCGCCGUCCUUGCGUUUCCAUUCGCUUGCCACCCCCUGCCUCUCGCCAACCUCCUCCGUGAGUUGGCGGAAACUGCCACGAACGUCCACUUCUCUUUCUUAAGCACGGCCAAGUCCAACGACGACCUCUUCCCCCAUUUUUCGAGAGCUGAGUUGCCGCCCAACAUCGUGAUCUAUGACAUCGAUGAUGGAUUGCCAGCCAGUCAUCAUGGAGCGACAAUGGAGGAACUGAUAGGGCAAACGGAUGGGUUCCUCAAACAAGCUCCGAAGAGUUUUCGAGCUGCCAUCAAUGCUGCGGAGCGGGAUGCAAGGAAGAAGGUGAGUUGUCUAUUUAGCGAUGCUUUAUUGUAUCCCGCAUGCGAAAUAGCCGAGCAAAUGCACAUUCCAUGGGUGACGUUCUGGGUUGCUUCUCCGUGCUUUCUGUCCAUUCACUUCCACAUCGAGGUCCUUCGUCAGCUCCGCCAUAGAAACUCCUGCACUGGCACGGCAGAAGUAGAGGCUGACGACAAGGCCCUGGAAAUGAUUCCGGCGUUGUCAUUGUUUCGCAUGUCAGAUAUCCCGGACGAAAUGCUAGAAGACCCGAAUACGUCAAUGGUGUCAAGCUUAGUCCACCAGUUGCAGCGCGUACUGCCACGCGCUGCGGCAGUCAUCAUGAACUCCUACGUGGAAGCGAACCCGGCGCCUCAAAUAGCGGACCUCAAGUCCAAGUUCAAGAUUCUCCUCCAUGUAGGGUGCCGCACGGUGUCUUUCUCACCGCCACCAGUGCUAACAAGCAGAAACUUAGACCCUACCGGUUGCUUAAUGUGGCUAGACACCAAAGACCCUCGUUCCGUGGCAUACAUAUGCUUUGGGACAGUGGCUAUACCGUCGCCUACCGAGCUAUCCGCUCUCGCCGAGGCCCUGGAAUCCACCGGGACCUCAUUCCUAUGGUCUAUCAAGGAGCACAUGAUGGUCCAGUUGCCUGAAGGGUUCUUGGAGAGGACGGGGCCGCGGGGGAAGAUAGUGUCGUGGGCCCCACAGAGCCAGGUGUUGAGCCACCCGGCGUGCGGGGCGUACGUGACACACUGUGGUUACAACUCGGUGUUUGAGAGCAUAGCGGGAGGCGUGCCGAUGAUAUGCAAGCCGUUCUGGACGGACAACAUGAUGAAUGGAAGGUUGGUGAAGGAAUGGUGGGGGAUUGGAGUGGGAGUGGAGGGGAAGACCAUUACAAAGAGUGGGAUGGUGACGGCACUGGAGGUGGUGUUGAGGAGUGAGGACGGGAAGGAGAUGAGGAACAAGGUUUGCGAGCUUAGAGAGAGAUUGGUGGAGGCUGCCGGGCCUGGAGGGAGUGUUGAAACUGAUUUCAAGACCCUUGUGGAGGUUAUUUCUACUUCAUGAUAUGUUUUCAGUCCUGCUUUGUAUUGCUUUGUGUGGAUCAGAUCCUUUGAUGGAGACAUCGAUCUGGAUAAAGGAUGUUUGUUUUACUUUGCGGAAGGUUUAUAUUGAUCUUUUGUUAUGAUGGAUA